AUGUCGGACGACGCAGAUCAGAUCAAGCUUGAACUACCUUCGAAACUACAGGCAUUCAGUUUUACCUUUGAAACCAAGCGGCCAGGGCCUAUGAGAGUCGAAAUCACGCUCAGACGGCCCACUAAGCAGCCCAGAUUACUACAAGUUCCUGAACAUGUCGACCUCAGCGCGACCGAGCCCGAAACUCCUGACCGACUUCAAGUCAUGCGCUGGCAAGAGGCCCAGAAAUAUAAAAAGUCUGCAGCUGGAAUUGUGGCAAGGAUCGAUACAGAAGAGACCUUCAAUAGUAGCGACACGGAGAAAGAGACUCCGGCAGAGUUCACCCGCUGGUACAAGGCCAAGAAGGCUUUGAACGACCUAGCUCAAACUUCUCUCGUCGUGAUGAUACCAUAG